AUGGAGAGCUUCCCCUACGAAGCUGGUCGGCCAACAGGUCAUUUCAAGCUCCUUGAGGCAUACCUGCAGAGUUCCCCUAGGCUCAAAAGCUUAAUCUUCCAUUGGAAAGCGAGAAGGACUAUCGCCGCCUUCAUUAGCAACCGAGCCGUGCCAAGGUUCGCAUCAACACAGUGUGGUCGCCAGGGAAUGAGAACAUCGCUCAGGCCUAUGAAGUUCCGCUCUUUGCAGCAGGUAGAGCUGGUGAGCGCGACGAUGGACGCGUCCCAAAUAGGAUCUUUCCAAAUAGACCAUAUGCAUUCAAUUCGAGAUUUCAAGCCUUCCAGACAUAAUCCUGCGAACACCUGGGACCCCGCGCUAGCACCACUAACCCAGCUCAGCGGCAGCGAGCAAUGGAAAACACCCAAACCCACGAGAGCACCAUCGACGCGCCAAUCGUACUCAGCUCAUCAGGAGUUAAACCAACAGCAAAUACAACGAGCGAAAAAAGACGGUCUGCGAAGAUUAGCUAAGACGCGGGCGCCUUCGAGUAUCCGGGGUAGGCUCGAUCAUGUGAAGCGGCUACUGCCGUCAUCGGUGUUUUGGGGAUGGUGA